UCGAAAGUAAUUAAUGACCCAUCAGCGGCAGUGGUUAGUGUCAGUUUAUUGUCUCCUGCCUAUCGGAAGAAAUUGUCGCCUGCUUUGAUUGAUAAAUCCGUUUUGAACGCACGCGCAAACCUUUCGAACGUAAGCCAUGUUCCGUCGGCAGGAUGGAAACGGUUCCAAGAUGUCACGCCAGUACGGUUCCGGGAACGAUUUCCCCGUCGAAAUGCAGUACGACACCACCACCGUGAUUCCGGAGUUCGAUAAACGGCCUGCUCUGAUUCACAUUCUGCUGCUCAACAAAACGAUACGCCUGUUUGUGGUGCUCGGUUUGGCCAGUGUCGUUAUACCUGCGUUUGCGUAUCUGUUUUUCUUCUCGAAGGAAAUCGGCCACGGUAGCAAGCGUGACAUCAUCGGUACGUGUGGUCAUCCGACGCUGUACCACAUUCCCUGCGGGUAUCCGUACAAUCUGACACAGGACGAGUGUCACGCGUUGGGCUGUUGCUAUACCAGUUUGGCCACCUGUUACCAUUCGCUUCCGUCGGAGCAUCAGUACAUCAUAGGCAGUGACUGGACGACGGGUGAACCAGCCAUUCUAACCGCUUACAGGCCGGUCACUCCAUAUGAAAAUCCGGCCAUUCGGGAAGUCCGGUUCGAUGUCAGCGUCACGGAGGAUGCUGGAGGACUCUUCAAGUUUUUACUGUCCAAAAUGGAUGCUAGCGAAGCGUCUCCAUUAGCCACCAAUACCCCGGUGACGUUGGAAACGGCCGAUCUGCAGGUGCAAGUCUACAGCCCAACGUUCUUCAUCGAGGUGAAGCGAAAGAUCGAUCAGGAAGUGAUCUUUUCCACCGCACGUGGUCCACUGGUGGUGACGGAGAGCUUCAUCGAAUGGACGCUACACCUGGGGGCGGACAUUUUGUUCGGAUUGGGCCGUGCCUAUCUCGAGCCCGGCACCAAGUAUCUCCUGCUGAACAAUCAGAACACAUCGGCCGUUCCGAUCGUCAUGGGUUACAAUUCCAAGCUGAAAUCGUUCAACGGGCUAAUGUUCAACACGCCCGGUCUUACCGAGGUGGAAAUCGUUGGAUCACGGCUCAUCAUCGUACGAGCACAGCUUGGCGAUCGGUUCGAUCUUCGGUUUAUGCCCGGACCUACACCGGCCAUGCUCUACCGACAGUCGAAAGCGAUUCUACAGAACCAGUACACACCACCGUACUGGGCGUAUGGAGUGCACGUGUGCGAUCAGUCUGCCAAGCGCAACGUAACCAUCGUACGUCGGAAUCUGGAACUCCUGCUCAACGAUACCGUCAUGUUCGAUUCACACUGUCUGCACAACGAUCUGUUCUGGAUCUCCGACACGAUGACGCUCGACAAGGACAUCGACGGGAUGUUGCAGUUGCUAAGGGAUGCAGGCAAGAAGUUUGUCCCUUCGCUUGUGCUCAGCGUCGGGUACGGUGGUAAUCCGUCCUUUAUUGAUGCACGGGAAAAAGGCAUCCUGUUGCGACAUUCGGGCAAUCAGCUUGCUUACCAGGGCCGUGUCCGGAACCGUACUGCUGUGUACGUGGACUGGAGGACGAGCCGCUGGACUAAUCUUACCGAGUGGUUCGAUUCGCAGUGGGAGAAGAUACUGAACCUAGGCGCGGAUGGAUACGUGCUGGAGGAAGCCAGCCCACGGGAUGAGCGUAACAGUUCGCUGCCUGUCCUGAAGCAGUUGGUCUAUCAACCGGAUCAGCUGAACGACACCCUGGUCGAGAUGUUGCCCUGGAACACGUUGCUAUCGGACAGUCCGCAGCUCGUACUUUCACAGCACAAUGUACUCGGUGUCCGGGCGCUAGAAAUCGUGCGCAAGAAGUUGCCCUCAUCGAACUCGUUCAUUGUGACGGGCGCCUACGACGUGCACAGCCGGGCAGCGUUACUUCCAGCGAACAUCUCCUCCAGCUGGAUAGCGCUCCGCAGUGAGGUGGAUCGUUGUAUAGGUCUUUCGGUGGUCGGUAUCAGCUUCACCGGCACACCGGUGUGUGGAAAUGCCCCCCUGGGACGUACCAACGUUUCCGAGGAACUCUGCAUCCGCUGGUACCAGUUCGCCUCGCUAUUACCCCUGUUCCGAGUAACGGCCGACCGGACCCCGAAUAAAUUUAGCCGCUUUGGACAGCGUGUGAUGCAUGCCGUGCUGCGGAAGCGCUUCUCUCUGCUGGAGUAUUUCCACACCUUGCUGUUGGAGGACGCACCCUACCUGCGGCCAAUGUUCUACCACUACGAGGAAGCCUCCAACUACACCAUGGACCUGUGGGAGCAGUUCAUGAUUGGGGAUGCUCUGCUGGUCGCGCCCGUGCUUCUGCCCCAGAUGACCCAGAUCGCGAUCUACUUCCCGGACACGUUCUACGAACUGUGGGGCGGUCAACAGAUGCCAGGCAAUGAUGUGCUUCAGUACGCCGUGGUUGAGACCGAUUUGCCGAUGUUUCUGCGCCCCGGACACAUCGUCCCGAUGCGCGAUAUCGUCGAGGAGUUGGUAGCGCUGGCGAAUGGGACCUCCGUUCCGCUUACGGCGGAACUGUCCCGCCUGAAACCGCUCCACCUGGUCGGUGCGUUCGAUUGUAAUUUGCGCCGGUCGAAGUGUUCGAUGACGGGCCACGUACUGUUUCAGCCCGGCUUUCGGGUGGACUUUGGCGUGGAGCUGGACGAGCGUAUCGUGAUAAGCGUCAAGACGAAUGUCACCUCGCCGGACGACGCUCAGCUGUUGGCUUGCGCGGAAGAGGCCACCGUGAAUGCCACCAUCACGAGCAUUCAGUUUUACGGCCAUCCAAACACAACGCAACCGCUGACGUAUGACAUCGGUUACGAUUUCUGUCAGCAGAGCGGCAUACGGGUGGAGUACGUGAACGAGCAUCGCAAGGGACCGGAAGCGGACGAGUACGGAAACCGCGCCUGAAAGCGUGACCGUGCGGGGCGGAAGAAGGAUUAGGCGCGUAGGCGAGAGAUAAAGUGCAGAGCGAAUGGAUAAAAUUCUUCACGAAUGUUUAGGUUCAUUUGCCUAUUCCCGGUGUGUGUGUUUUUUGUGGGGGUUUUUCCGAGUUUUCCCCUCCAAAAAACCCUCCACACGCCCUGCCUUAAGAUACUUAAGCAAUUCGCCGUGCAUCCGCCUGUCAUACACACAGUUAUGGUAAUUGGAUAUUUUAAUAUGCAUUCAGCGUGCUCAAUCCGGGGCAGCCGGUUUCAUCUCUUAUCUCUAGAGUGUGUUGGAAUGGAUUUUGCUUGCUUCGCCACGUGUUUCUUUCCGCCGGGGUGGCUUGGUUAAACGCUUUAGCUCCGGCGAUCCACCGUUCCGUUCGCCACUUCUCGGAACAGAUGGAGCGACAGCUAUUGCAGUUUGCUUCGGUGAAAAACACCGCCUUCGAAAAGACAACCGCAUAUAAUUUUAAUAACGGCACGCGGAAUGAAAUCGAAUGAAGGUAGGAAAAGGUCAGCGUGUGGAAAGGUGUAGAGAUUAAAGUUUAUUUUCUCAGGUUGCUCAUGUUGAAUUAAUAAAAGUUAUUUCGAAAAGGUUUAUACCGCUUGCAUA